UAAUAGUAUUUGCACCAUUUACUAUCUAAUUAUCUUGAACAUCCUUGUAUACAAUCGUAAUCGUGAAGUUUUCGCACAGAGCACAUGGCAAUAUUUUAAGCAAUCAUUCAUUCCGAGUUGCGUAGUGGAAUCAGAAAUUACAUUGAAACGUGCUCUUACGCGUUGUGCAGUAAGUGAACAAUAAUACAAGUGAUGUUUAUCUAGAUCAAAAAUCGUACUUAAUUUUAACAAAAUUAGAUUUAUUUAUUCGGUUUGUAGUUCCUUAGAAAAUUUCAACGAUGGAUGCUCAACCCCUGUUCGGUUUAUGGGACUACGUAGUUAUAGCUAUAGUAUUAUUUAUCUCAUCAUCGAUAGGAAUAUAUUACAGAUUCACAGGAGGUAAACAAAAAACAGCACGGGAAUAUUUGUUAGCAGACAAAAAUAUGUCCAUUACACCAGUAGCCUUUUCAUUAAUGGCCUCGUUUAUGUCGGCUAUUACUCUGCUAGGAGUAUCGAGUGAGAAUUAUUCCUAUGGAAUACAAUUUAUUGUUAUAAAUUUUUCUUAUGGAAUUUUUACGUUUAUUGCAGCAUAUUAUUACCUACCAGUAUUUUUCAAAUUACAAGCCACCAGUGCUUAUGAGUACUUAGAAAGGAGAUUUGGCAAAACUGCAAGACUGGCAGCUUCUUUGUCAUAUACUCUACAAAUGACUUUAUAUAUGGGAGUAGUGUUAUACGCACCCGCCUUAGUCUUAGAAGCUCUUACGGGUAUAAGCAAGCUAGCAGCCAUUUUAUCUGUAGGUAUUGUUUGCACGUUCUACUCUACAAUAGGAGGAAUGAAGGCCGUUUUAGUCACAGAUGUAUUUCAAUCUUUGCUUAUGUUUGCUGCCAUAUUCUGUGUGAUUAUUAAUGGUUGGGUCGAAAAAGGAAGUUUAGCGGAAAUCUGGAGGAUAGCAGAGCAACACAAUAGAACAACUUUGCUGAAUUUUAGCCCUGACCCCACUGUAAGGCAUUCAUGGUUUACUUUAAUCCUCGGUGGAGGUGUAACGUUUCUUUCUCUGUACGGGGUAAACCAGACGCAAGUUCAGAGAUACUUGACAGUCAAAGACUUAAAAACUGCUCAAAAAGCAUUAUGGUGGAAUUGGCCGAUUUUAACUUGCCUUAGUCUAAGCACAUCAUUUUCGGGACUGGUAAUUUUUUCCCGAUAUUAUAACUGUGAUCCAGUUUUAUCGAAACGUAUCAACUCUGCUGAUCAGUUGUUACCAUAUUACGUAGUUGAUACAAUGGGAGAUAUUCCUGGGCUCUCCGGAUUAUUUGUGGCUGGCAUAUUUAGUGCAUCUUUGUCUACAAUUUCUGCAUCAUUAAACAGUUUGGCGGCCAUUACGGUGGAGGAUUAUAUCAAACCAUUGUAUCUAACAAUACGUAAGAAACCUCUUUCGGAAACAGUUUCCGCCGUACAGCUGAAGCUCUUGUCGUUAGUAUAUGGUGCAGUUUGCAUAGCAGUGGCAUUUUUAGCGCAAUUUUUAGGUGGCCUUCUUCAAGCUGCUUUGACCAUAUUUGGUGUAGUGGGCGGACCUCUACUAGGAUUAUUUUCCUUGGGAAUGUUUACAACGAUGGCGAACGAAGAAGGAGCCGUUUGUGGUUUAGUGGUUGGGGUUGGUAUGGCUUUGUGGAUGGCUCUUGGAGCAAAACCACCAGUUCCUCUUGCUAGAAGAGUUGAUGGCUGUGAAAAUACAAAUGUCACUUUACCUGUAGCUUCCACUCAACCUGAAAAGAUGUAUUUAUGGAUUCAUAAGGUAUCUUAUCUAUAUAACGGAGUGUUUGGACUCCUAUUGACAAUAAUAAUAGGACUGCUCAUAAGUUUCGCAGUAAAUAAACUGUCAAAACGUCCUAGAAGGAUGUACGAUCCCAAUUUAUUUAUUCCUCCCUUAGCGAAAGCACUGGAGAAAAAGUUUGGCAAUACCAUUAAAUUGACUACUAUUGAAGGAUUAGCAUCAACGUCUAUAGAAGAUUUACAAAAUGGUCAUGCGAUUAAAACCGAAAUGAUUUAAAAAGUUAGUAUUUAAGUAUUCUUCAAAUAAUUUAGAUAUUAUUAAACCGAUGUUUAAAAAAAAUGAA